GAGUUUUGUGCUAUCACAAUGAUGUUGCUAUUAGUUUUAUGUUCCAUUUUAUUUUAUUCAUCGGUUCAAUCCCAUCCUUUCAUAGUACUUUUUUUAUUCUUUUAUAUACCAAAGCAAUUAUCGAUGACGUUUUAAAAAUAAAAUUAUUUAUUGCAAUCAAAAAUGUAACAGCAUAUUUUCUUAAUGGACGACGCAAGGAAUAUUUGUUUACGCCUAGGAACAAGGAACAAGAGCAGGAGGUCCUGAACUGGAUCGGCGCUGUCCUCGGCGAACCCGUCACCAGUGCCCCCUACGAAGACUAUCUUAAAGAUGGUGUCGUCCUCUGCAAGCUCAUCAACAAACUGGCUCCUGGAUCAGUCAAGAAAAUCCAGGAGAGAGGAACCAACUUCCAGCUUAUGGAGAACAUUCAAAGGUUCCAAGCCGCUAUUAAGAAGUACGGCGUGCCAGAAGAAGAAAUUUUCCAGACUGCCGAUCUGUUUGAGAGGCGUAACAUUCCCCAAGUCACACUCUGCUUAUACGCGCUCGGCAGAAUUACUCAAAAGCAUCCAGAAUGGACCGGUCCCCAGCUAGGACCCAAAAUGGCGGAGAAGAACGAACGAACAUUCACCGAGGAGCAGCUUCGUGCCCACGAGAGUGAACUGAACCUGCAAAUGGGCUUCAACAAGGGCGCUUCACAGUCAGGCCAUGGCGGCUUUGGCAACACCCGCCAUAUGUAAAAGAACAAAAAACAUUGCAGGACUAAGCGCCACCUUCCUACGCUUGCAAUUGAGACCAAUACCGAAAGUUCGGAGUCAAACAGUAUUUUUUUUAUGUGUCAAAUGAAGGUCGAAA